CGCUGUCGGUGCGAGUGAGCCAAGAUGGCGGACUCUGUAGCGGCGGGGCUUGGCGAAGAAAAAGAGCCUGAAAAUGAAGAUAAUGAGAAAGAGAAACUGGCUUUCCGACCUACGUCGAAGGCAGAAAUAAACAGCGGUGUUUCUGAGCUGACGGAAACUUUGGGGUUUUACGAGAAAAAUGCGAAAAGCCGGGAUAAGCGCAGUGUGUCGGACCUGUCUCUGCUGCGGUUUGUCAGAGCUGAGUUGACGCGAGGAUAUUUCCUGGAACACAAUGAGGCCAAAUACACCGAAAGGAGAGAGAGAGUCUAUACCUGCCUGCGCAUCCCCAAAGAACUGGAGAAGCUGAUGAUCUUUGGCUUCUUCCUGUGUCUGGAUGCAUUUCUCUACGUGUUCACUCUGUUACCCCUCAGAGUGCUGCUGGCACUCAUCAGGCUGCUGACACUGCCGUGCUGCGGACUCAGGGCAAGUAUAUGCCCCUACUGCAGAAAAAGAAGUGGCUCACGUCUCCUUCAGCCUGCUCAGGUGUGUGAUGUGCUGAAAGGCUUUAUCAUGGUGCUGUGUUACUCCAUGAUGCACUACGUGGACUACUCCAUGAUGUACCAUCUGAUCAGGGGGCAGUCAGUCAUCAAACUCUACAUCAUAUACAACAUGCUGGAGGUGGCAGACCGAUUGUUUUCGUCCUUUGGCCAGGACAUUCUGGACGCUCUCUACUGGACAGCUACAGAGCCCAAAGAGAGAAAGAGAGCUCACAUAGGUGUAAUACCACACUUCUUCAUGGCUGUUCUUUACGUCUUUCUUCAUGCCAUCCUGAUCAUGGUUCAGGCCACAACCCUAAACGUGGCAUUCAACUCCCACAACAAAUCCCUGCUCACCAUAAUGAUGUCCAACAAUUUUGUUGAGAUCAAAGGGAGCGUGUUUAAGAAGUUUGAGAAGAAUAACCUCUUUCAGAUGUCUAACAGUGAUAUCAAAGAAAGAUUCACAAACUAUGUGCUCUUAUUAAUUGUAUGUCUUAGAAAUAUGGAGCAGUUCUUUUGGAACCCAGAUCAUCUGUGGGUGCUGCUUCCCGACGUGUGUAUGGUCAUUGCGUCGGAGAUGGCUGUGGAUGUGGUGAAACACGCCUUCAUCACCAAGUUUAACGACAUCCCGGCAGAUGUGUAUGGUGAAUACAGAGCGAGUUUGGCCUUCGAUCUGGUCAGCAGUAGACAGAAAAAUGCCUAUACUGACUACAGUGACAGUGUAUCAAGAAGAAUGGGCUUCAUCCCUCUUCCUCUGGCUCUACUGCUCAUCCGGGUGGUGACGAGCUCAGUGAAAAUCCACGGUGCCCUGUCCCUUGUGUGUGUGAUACUUUUUUAUUUUGGAAUGAUCACGCUAAAGGUGCUGAAUAGCAUCGUGUUGCUGGGAAAAUCGUGUGUGUACGUGAAAGAAGCGAACAUGGAGGAGAAGCUGUUCCAGUCUCCCCCCUCCGCUGCUCCCAGCCGAGCAUCCAGCAGAGCUCAUCACGCAAAACGCACACGAGAGCCGACAAGCGAGCCGGUGGAUGAGGGCACUUCUCCGUCAGUCAUAAAUCAACCCGUCAGACAGACGGAGAGCCCGGCGCCCAAUCUCCCGACCAGUGAGUCAGAUCAGUUCCUCACGACGCCAGACGAAUCGGAGGAGAAGAUCAUCACGCAGGACGGGACAGAACUGGUCCACAGAGCUCCUAAGAAAGACCUGCUGGAGAUCGACCGUUUCACCAUCUGCGGGAACCGAAUCGACUGACGCUCUACACACUCUACUGUAGAGAAUGACAAAAGUCGGAAGGUGUCCGCUGGCUUGAACUUUGACCCUCUGCGUGAAGGAUCGAAGGUAGAUAUUUAUUAAGAAGCGUACCUAAUUUAUUUUUCAAACUGAAACACACUCAUCGUUACCUUCUUCACUGGACCGGACCGGACCGGACCGGACUGGACUGGACUCGUGGAUAAUUCCAGCAUUCCCAAAGGUCCUUAUGUACUCAUUUACAGCAUCAGGAACAGACCUCAAAACUUCACCAUCCCAAGAGGCGAAAGAACGAAGGAUCACUUCGGUCAAUGUCUAAACAAAAGACCAACGUUUUGAGGUCAUUCAUGGGUAAAAAAAAAAAAGAUGGUGGCUUAAUAUGUGACAGGUUUUUUGUGCUGAGUUGCAUUUUCUUACAGUUUUGCACAUGUUUCUUUCUCAAUUUUUUUAUUUUAUUUUUUUUUUGGUGAUUUUCAAUCCAUUGAUUUAUACUUGUGCAGAAAUGACAGGUGAGCAGUAAAGGUUAAAGGUUCUCUUCAUUGUCACAUCAGCAUUAUGGAAAUCAUUAUAGCUUUAGCCAACCAUUAAUAAUGUUAACAAAGCAGUUUAUUAAGUUUAUGGAUAAAAAAUAUUUCCAUAGACUUGAGCAAAAAUAAAAUAGUAUCAUGUUCCUUAAGGCAAGUUUGAUCUGUUUUGACUUUUGAUUAAUGCAGGUUAAAUAUUUAAUAUAUCAGCUCAUGCAAAUAUUAGUUACCUUUUUUUUCCCUCUCUCACGUUGUGGUGUAUAAAGGAUUAAGUUCAUUACUGAUGUUAAAUGAUGCAUCAAAUGUCAACUGCAGGAACCUUAUUGUAAAGUGUUACUGAUCAAUAACAGGAAAGUGAGUACAGCGGCUCGGCUCUGUACAUCUGGAGCCAUAAAACCAGCUGAAAUAUUUUCCUUUUCAUUCUUUAUCAUUUUUAUAUUUCUUUCUUUGUGUUUUUCAUUACAUUCUUUGUCAGUUUGGACCACUGAAAUUAAGCACAGUCGUCUGUCGUCAGCUUAUCGAGAGUAGGAAUUCACAAACUCUAUUGUGUAUUUUUUGUUUUUUAUUUUAUUUUAAAUGCAUUCACAUCAAACCAUUUUAUCAGUCAGGUAUUUUUAUAUUUUUCUGCCAGUCUACAUUUAAGACACCUUGUGAACAUGAUGUUACGCUUCAACGCUUGUGAAUUGCACAUUAGUUUGCUACAUGGAUGCUACACAUGUAGGUUUUAUUAUAUAUACACACACACACACACACACACACACACACAGUCACAUCAUAAACUGAUGAAGAUACUAUAAACAAAAUCCUGGAAGUUACACGGCAGUUAAUAUUAUACAAGGAUUAAGUUCCAUGUCUAUAAUAAGUUUAUUCUAUCGGAGCCCCCGGAUUAAAGAUCCCUCCUAGUUUUUCUUUUAUUCUUCAAGCAUUCGAUGUGAUGUAGAAUUUAUUUUUGGUGCAGAUUUUGUGCAUUAAGCUCAUUGCUGUGUUUUUUCUGUGUGUAUCAAACCCUUAAAACUUUGAAUAUCUCGAUAGAUAUUUCUCUGUAAAUGCCAAACAAAUUGUUAUCGUUACAUCGUCGUACCAUAGAGGCUUCAACAUAUCGCCAAUCGCCGUCAUCCCUGUUACUGAAAUCCAGUGCUUUUAUUCACCUUUAAUUCUACAUAUAUUGCUGGACUUGCGGUGAUUUUUUUUUAAAUUCAUUUAUAGUUUAAUCAUGCUCAUAACGACAGUUUUGCCAUUAGACUCCACUACAUUUUAGAUCUACAAUGAUUUGGGAUGUAGUUACAUCGCCAUACAAAAAUAAAUAAAUAAAUACUGUAUUGAAUAUUUCAACAGCUUCGUAGUGCAGUGAUGACUGAAUAAUUAUCAGAUCGACGAGAUCGAUCGCAUCUCGCCGAACGUUCGACGAAAAAGUCCGCAUCGUUUCUUUUCUUUUAUUUGAACGAAUUCUAAUAUUAAGAUUAUUGCUUUGAGUGUAUUGAAGUGUCCAUUUCUUUUCACUGUUAAUUCUCCAUGAUUCUGAAUGUCCAGCCUUACAGAUUUGUUUAAAGUUGCUCUGAUUUAGAUUGAAGAUUUAGAUUUGAUUUCAUGUUUGUUGCAAUUUACUUGGAUCCAGAACACUGGCAGUGACUUAAAUAAUCUUUUUGGAUUUGAAAAUUAAUUAAACCACCUACAGAACUUUGAUUUAGCGUACACGAACGUCUGAAAUGUCGCUUACAUACCUCUACGUCUAAGCCUUCAGUUGCUUGUAUUUUUUUUUUUUUUUUUUUCCGGAGUCUUUAUACCAGCAUAAAGUUUAUAGAUGAAUUUUACAUUAAUACAAAAUCAUGUUUUUUUUUUUUAAGCUGUCUGAUUUUAAACUGACUGGAUGUUUCUUUAUCUGCAUGUUAAAUCUGUCCACAUCCUCUGUCUGGUUCGUCCAUCGAUUUUUGUGAUAUGAUGUCUUUCCUUAAGAACAGAGUGAGAUUGUCUCAUUAUUUUUGAGAUAGAUAUUCAGGACAAGGGUAGAGGAGAUUGGAAGUGUGACGGGUGAAUAAAUGUUUUGUUUUGUA